CAAAAUGACGCGUACUGUCCAACGCUGUCCAGUUACAAGCAUGAGGCAUACACUGUCCUUUUUGGGCUAAAAUUGGGCGCGUUGAUAGCCAAUCAGAUUCGCGAAUUUUGUUAUAGUUCUGAUUAAAUAGAUCACUGAAGUAUUCCAUUCGUGCUUCCACCCACCCACUUACCAAUCCAUCGAUUGAAUCAAUAGUUUCAGAGUUCGUGGACAGGCCAGCAUUGUUUGUUGGACCAAUUACGAGAGACCCAUGUAGACGGACAGUUGAAUAGAAUUAGCAACAACAACAAAACAUUGUCUUGCAAGGUGACAAGCUGACUUUUUUCCAGGUAUCUUGUCUUGGAAGAUUCACUGUGCUAGUGCCACCAGCAGAAAUUCAGAUCCCCAAGAAGAAAGAGAAAAGGUGAACAGAUACAUGGAACAGAAGAUUGAUGAGGUGAAGGGAGUAUUCGAUCUCUCUUCGUUUACAGGGUUACGUCGUCUGCAUGCGUACCUAGUAGGAGAGCUUCACCUGAUGAAUGUUAACUAUACGACGGGUAGCAUCAAAAUAACCGUCAAGUGCCGUACCCUUAAGAUUCUUGAAGGCCUGUGGGAUGACUAUUGUUCUGGCCACCUAAACGCUGUAGCCGAGGAGUGCCUCAUUACAGAGACGGUUAAGGACGAGCUUAGUAUGGAGACUAUAAAGUUAGCAACCACUCUGCUGGAAGAGGACUACUUGGCAUGCAAAUUGUCUUUAAUGGAAAUCUCAGGUUCCUCUGAAGAAGUGCCACAACUUGCGUUUAAUAUGGCUGACCUACAGCAAACCAAAGAGCACUUUGAACGUGGUCUAGACGUACAGCUGAAAAAGCUUGGGCCCGAGCAUAUUGACGUCGCUACUACGUACAAUAACAUGGGUGCUGUAGAGUGUGACAUAGGCAACCUGCAGCAGGCCAAGGGGUAUUAUGAACGUGCUCUAGGCAUACAGCUGAAAAAGCUUGGGCCCGAGCAUAUUGACGUUACAAGUACCUACUACAACUUGGGUAUUGUACACAAUGGCAUGGGCAACCUGCAGCAGGCCAAGGAAUAUUACGAACGUGCUCUAGACAUUAGACUGAAAAUGCUUGGGCUGGAGCAUGCUUACGUUGCGACUAUUUACAAUAACUUGGGUGUUGUACAGCAUGACAUGGGCAACCUGCAGCAGGCCAAGGAGUGUUAUGAACGUGCUCUAGACAUAGAGCUGAAAAAGCUCGGGCCCGAGCAUGCUUACGUUGCGACUCCGUACCACAACUUGGGUGUAGUACAGCAUAACAUGGGCAACCUGCAGCAGGCCAAGGGGCAUUAUGAACGUGCUCUAGACAUAAGACUGAGAAAGCUUGAGCCCGAGCAUGCUUACGUUGCGACUUCGUACAAUAGCUUGGGUGAUGUGCAGCGUGACAUGGGUAACCUCCAGCAGGCCAAGGAGUAUCAUGAACGUGCUCUAGACAUUAGACUGAGAAAGCUUGGGCCCGACCAUAUUGACGUUGCGACUACGUAUAAUAGCUUGGGUGUAGUACAGGGUGACACUGGCAACCUGCAGCAGGCCAAGGAGAAUUUUGAACGUGCUCUAGACAUUAGACUGAGAAAGCUUGGGUCCGAGCAUAUUGACGUUGCGACUACGUACGGUAACUUGGGUGUAGUACAGCGUGACAUGGGCAACCUGCAGCAGGCCAAGGAGUAUCAUGAACGUGCUCUAGAGAUAAGGCUGAAAAAGCUUGGGCCCGAGCAUAUUGACGUAAAACGUACUGACAACAUCUUGGGUGCUGUACAGAAUGCAUUGGAAGACCUGCAGGUGGCCGAAGAAUAUGAUGAACGUACUUCAGGCAUUAGGCUAAAAAGCUUGCACCCGCGCGUUUUGACAAGAAACGUACUUACUGACAUGCUUCCCUUGGAGGACUUGCAGCAGGCCAAAGAAUAUCAUGAACGCGCUUCAGACAAAAGACUAAAAAAACUUAGUGCUGAAAAUGUGGAUAACAGCUUUAGUCACUCUCAACUUCAUUGUAAACUUGUUUAAUGGUCAGUUAAAUCACUUCUAUGUCUCGAAAAAGUCUUAUCUACUGAUUGUAAAUUCAAGGAAAGAUCCUAAAGUACACCACUGAAUUGACAAGGCUGCUAUGGUAAUACGAUUGACGUCAUUGCUAAGAUUAUCAUGAUUAUCAAAUAUAAUGGUAGAUUAUUGUCUCUAAUAGUGACCGUCACGCUCUAAAAAUUUCCGGCAAUACCGAGUCCAAACAAAUUCGCUAAAAGUAAAUGCCUGCUAAGGUCGCUAAGGUUAUACGAUUGACGUCAUCUGUAAUACCAAAGAUAACGUUAAAUGUUUGUCACGACAACAACAACAACAAUAGUUUAUUUAACAGGGCACCUAAAAUAACUGUAAGAAGUUAAACUACAAUGGGCGACAUAAUUAGUUGACACAUUGUUUUUCAAUAGCAGUACUUUUAGUGCACCAAAUAACACCCCUCUUUCUAUCGCGCAAUGAACUGUGGAAAAGACCCCGCUCCCCAAUUCAAUGUUGCUUGUUUAUAGUUCAAGAUCACAAGAGUUGCCGCACAACAUUCUUUGUGGGGGAGGGGGGCUAAAAGGAUAAGCUAGGAGGGCAAAAAGGGAUCGCGAUGACGAAAAGUAGGGGGUUAAAAAGGUGAAUGUGUCAACAAUUUUGUCGCCGACUGUAGUUAGUUACCCAUUAAAUAAUACAAUUAUUAAAACCUUUGUUCAAAGUAUACAUAAUUAGGUACAGUGUAAUUAAUAAUGAUUGUCACGCAUUAAAUAUUUCCAACAAUUCCGAGUACAAAGAUUGAUUAAUAUCAUUAUGAUUCUCUGAAUGUCAAACAGUAGUAGCUCCGAUUCUAGAGAUCGAGUAACUUUCUUACUGAAAAAUUUGGCAUGUAAAUGCGCAUGAAUUCUUUAUCGCAAAAGUAGAUAGAUACCGUAGAAUCGUUGACAGGUGGCGUGCAAUGUGUAACAAACUUGAUUUGAAUUAAAAGUUUUUUCUUUCAUG